AUGGCCAGUCCACAGCUUAAACCUCAGUUCUUCGUCACCCGCCAGAACGGUGCCAUGGUUCCACUCAUCGCCAUGGAUGAGCUGCCAAUCCAUGUGCAAAUCCAAGGGGUCUCACGCACACUGAGCGCAUUUGAGAUUGGUGGCAUGACCGGUGUUGGUCUUGCCGAAGCUCGACAUCAAUUCUACGUGGUCGAGAGCAUCAACAACACGAAACCAAUUCCUUUUGGUCCAUCCAAUUCGAAGUCUACGCCGGACUCUGCAGCCAGCACACCGAGCUUGCGCACGGCGGAUCUGGCGGCACCUUCUGGAAACCAAGAAGUUGGUCUUGAUGCCAGCAAGAACAUCGAAACGAGCAUCGCCUCUGGCCCACCUUCCAAGAUCUCAGUAACCUCAGCUACCGAGGAAACGAACUCAUCGCGUGCGACAUCUCCCGACAUGACUGCUUUUGGCAAACCCGUUCCGGUAGCUCCUGCGCCGGCCGCACCAGCCCUGCUGGCCUGGCGUGAUCACGCUGCUCCUACUCGUACUCCUACUCCGACCCCAGGCCUGUCCACCUUGACCAAGAAGUCUCUACCUGAGUACGACGAGAAUCCCGAAAUGCCCGCCUUCGGAGAGAAAAUCUACUGCUCCUAUUGGCUCCGGAACGGCGAGUGUAGCUUCACCCAGACCGGCUGUAAGUUCAAGCACGUCAUGCCCCUCAGCAUCCCGGUCCUUGAAGCUACCGGUAUGCGCGACCUGCCAGAUUGGUUCCGCCAGGCGCAUGGCUGUGGCAGCCUGAGGGUCAAUGGUGGACGAAACGGCCUGAGCUUUGGAAUUACUCUUAACGAUAUCAGUGGUUUGCCUAGCAAGUCUGGGCCUCGUACCCGGGUCGAUCCUGUUGCAACUCGACGGACAAUCGCUGCCCACAUCAACAGCGCGCCGUCCCGAGGUCUUCGACAUAGUGGUGACCAACAAACUUCCCGACCCAACAUCCCACGCCGUGUCGCAACUGGUGCUCAACGCGUUCCUCGUGUCCUUACGGACGAGGAGAAAGCAUUGGAACGCGAACGCCGCGACAGGCGCAUGGCGGCUGCUUUUGAUGCUGACAUGGCGAGCAAUUCCUGUACUGAAAUGACCGAUGCCGAGAUGGUGAAGAUCAGGGAACGUGAGCAGGCGGGAUGGGAGGAAGAGCAGAAGGCUCGUUGGGCUGCUGCAAGCGCAGAUGCUAAGGCGUGUAUGCUCCAGGAGAGAAUUGUAACGAAGGGGCAAGAGAGUGGCAGCGGCAAGGAGGAGAAAACCAAGUCUGGUCCUGGUUCCGGUUCUGGCGACAAGAAGAAGGCCCAUGGGCGAAACGGUCGCAGCACGCGCAAGACUGUGGGGAAGGACUAG